UGCAAAAAAGUUCUCACUCUCACCCAGCCACCAUUUCUGUACUUCAAUCCCUGGGUGAGUAUUUUAGUCAUCAAAAGAGUAAAAUCCUCCAAGGAGCAAUGUUUAAACUGCUGGCUCAGCCACUCCCGCUCCACUCUCUCCUCUCUUCUUCAACGCCAUUGUCACGAAGGUACUUUUCCUCAAUCCCUCAACUGCAGUCCCACCUCUCCCCCUCAUCGCAACACGAUGACGUAGAGAGGAUCUUUCGCAUGAUGACGACCUCUUCAGACCCUCUAUCUUUAAAGCAAUUCCUUAGAGCAUCCCAAAUCCCUUUUACAAAUGACUUAGUAGACAGAGUGCUUAAACGGGUUCGCUUUUCGCAUUCGAAUCCGCUUUCCGCUUUGGAGUUCUACAGAAUUACUUCAAGAACAAAAGGGUUUGUCCACAGCCCUUAUUCUCUGGAUACCAUGCUGUAUGUUCUUGGUAGGAGCCGUAAGUUUGAAGAAAUGUGGGAGCUUCUGUUGGAAACCAAGAAAAAAUAUCGAUCUUUAAUAACCCCAAGAACUGCACAAGUUGUUUUGGCUAGAGUGGCUAAGGUUUGUUCGGUUAAGCAGACGGUUGAGUCGUUUAAAAGGUUCAAGAGGCUUGUUUCAGAGUUUGAUGUCAGUUGUUACAACGCAUUAUUUAGGACUUUGUGUCAGGAGAAGAGUAUGAGCGAUGCCAGGAAUGUUUACCAUGCUUUGAAGCAUGAGUUUAGACCGAACUUGCAGACGUUUAAUAUCUUGUUGUCCGGGUGGAAAUCACCAGAAGAGGCAGAGGCGUUUUUCGGUGAGAUGAGGGAUAUGGGGGUUGAGCCGGAUGUUGUGUCCUAUAACUGUUUGGUGGAUGUCUACUGUAAGGGAAGGGAAGUGGAGAAGGCAUAUAAGGUAAUAACUAAAAUGAGAGAUGAUGGGAUCGAUUUGGAUGUGAUUACAUAUACAUCUUUGAUUGGAGGGCUGGGGUUGGUGGGCCAACCUGAUAAGGCGAGGGAGGUUUUGAAGGAGAUGAGGGAGUAUGGGUGUUAUCCAGAUGUUGCAGCUUAUAAUGCGGCAAUCAGGAACUUUUGCAUAGCAAAGAGGUUAGGGGAUGCGUAUAAUUUGAUGGAGGAGAUGGAGGGAAAGGGGUUGAGCCCCAAUGCAACAACUUAUAACGUGAUAUUUCGCUCUCUAUAUUGGGCAAAUAAUUUGAAGAGCUCAUGGAGCUUGUAUUUGAGGAUGAAGGCGACGGGGUGCUUGCCCAAUACGCAGUCGUGUAUGUUUCUGAUUCGGUUGUUGAGGAGGCAAGAGAAGGUGGAUAUGGCGCUUGAGUUGUGGAAUGAUAUGAUCGACAAGGGAUUUGGGUCAUAUAAUUUGGUUUCAGAUGUUUUAUUUGAUUUGCUUUGUGUCCUGGGGAAGUUAGAAGAGGCUGAGAGGUGUUUCUUGCAAAUGGUGGAUAAGGGGCAAAAGCCUAGUCAUGUGUCCUUUAGAAGGAUCAAGGUGCUUAUGGAGUUGGCCAACAAGCAUGAGGCUCUAACAAAUUUGUCAGAGAAGAUGUCUGCUUUUGGUUCAGCAAUCCAGAUGAACAAGAAUAAUGUAGAUGAACUAGAAAGACCUAUUUCUGAUUUUAUUUCUGGCUAAAAUCGAGAAGAUUUUAUGAUCAGGAACAUGGCAUUUUGAGUUCAUAUGAUCUCUUGUCCAGAAAGGAUAGGCAUGCCUUUGAACCCAGAUGUUGCAUACAUUUUGUUACUUGGCAUUAUUCUGGUAUGUCUCACUAAAGAUGUUUGGACAAGCAAGGAAUUGAAGAAUGUUUCAAUAUAUGCUAUAAUACUGCCUCUGUACAAAUAGUUUCUUAUUCUUAACUGCCUCGACAGUGGCAGAAUUAGCAUGUGUAGUAUCAAGCAAGAGUAUUCUGGCUUAUGACUGCUGGAAAACAGCAAGUGCAACCUUUGGAGUUGGUUAGUCUGUGUUGGUGUAUUUCAGAAAGGGAUAAGCGCAACUUCGAGUUAGUGAUAUAUUGUUGAAGGGGAGAGAAUUGCAUAAGAACCAAUCAGCCCGGCAAGAGUAAUGGUUGCCAGUCUAUUGGGAAUCCGAAAAAAUUUAUGCGUUUAUUUUAUAACUGAUUGAGGAGUAGCAUUCGACGAAAGAGGCAGAUACAGGAUGUAGUUGUGGCAAGCCAUUAUUGUACUACUUAUCCAACAUGAACCUUUCACAUUUAACUUUCCUUGUGAUAUUUGUUUGUUAAAUUGUUUUAUUUAUUGUACUACAGAACAUGGUUCAUAUUGUUUACAUUUCUUCAGUUUUGAAAGUUUUGGUCUCAAUCUUGCAUUUCAUAUCUUGCUGAUUUCAAUUCUCCUGGGGCAACUG